AUGGACGUCAAUCUGCUUCGACAGAAUGAAAAACACAAACCCUUCAUGCCACCUCGGAAGAGAUUCCGCAAGUUGUACCGUGACAACAUACAGGGAGUUACACGUCCAGCCAUCUGUCGCCUAGCCCGCCGCGGCGGAGUCUGCAGAAUCAGCGCAGACAUCUACGAUGAAGCCCGUCGCGCGUUAAAAGAGCGAUUGACGGAGAUAAUUCGCCGCGUCGUUCUGGUGAUGGACAGUGCGACCACCCACGGCCACGAGCGCAAGGUCGUCAGCACCCAAGAUGUGAUCUUCGUCUUGAACCAAAUGGGCAAUCCGAUCUACGGAUUCCACGACAGGAUCUCCCGCUGGUAG